AUGCAGAGAAGUUCCCAGCUCGCUGUCAGUACAGCACUGCCCCCGGCUAACCAGGGCAAAAGGUGGGAUCAUCAUCACGUCUUCGUCGCCGAACAAGCUGGUAGGGUCCCUGGCGUCUCAAGGAGCUGUUUGCGGACGGCAAGCGGCGCUGCUCGAUCCCGCACCGGCCACGGCGGGCGCUGACCGAAACGACGUGCGACACCUGGCGCGUCGGCGAACUCCCUCUCGACCAGAUGCCCGCUUACCUGUUGGAGGUGCAAAAAGUCGUGACGGCCGCCGUUCUUAGUACGAUCGCAAUCCCGGACACGAUGGAGUGCGACCACCCGAUGGCGCUCGAUUUUCGCUCGGCGGCCGUGCUCGCUUCCGAGGCCUACGCGGCACUACGACCCCUCGUGUGCGCCGACGUCGAAUCGACCCGGGAGCUGCGACGCUACGUCGGGCUGAGGUGGCACAAUCCGGUCUUGCCGCGGGGAGAGGUGACACACGAUCCACAAUCGUAGGACCCCGACGUCAUCGCCACGGAGCAGCCGCCUGCGCUCGUGCGCGAAGGUCACGUGUUGCACUCCUUUGUGGGCCUCGAAGUCGACCUCAAAACGGGCAGCCUCGCGAUCCCGCUGUUUGUUCCGCGUGGGGUGAGUUGUCGGUGCCUGUCUAGUGAGAUGUAAAUCAUCUCCCCUGUGGCUAACUCGUGGCUUGGGUCCCUCAUUGUGCUGCUUUGCUUCGCAGAUCGGCCACUCUUAUCAUGCACAGACCCACUUGAUCCAAUGCGUCAUCCGGAAGGCGCAGCGCGACCUCGCGCAAACCAACUUGGAGCGAAGAGCCUCCGGACUUGAUCCCUACCCCGACAUCAACGAGAUCUGGCUGAUGAGUGAGUCCUCUUCGGCCCCACCUAAAGUUCUUUCACCUCCAGGACCCAAUCCCGCUCCGCUUUCACGCGCCACCCUAGAGUCUCGAAUCGAGCUAACCCCGGAAUGAUGUCCUUGCUCGCCCAGACGCUCACAACAAGGCGAGUCGAAUCCUACACCGCGACGAACGAUUGCGCGGUAUGGUCCCUCUUGUCAGAACCCAAUCAUACUGAUUCUCUUCUAAUUCUAUUUACUUCUCAUGCCACUAUUCCACUCCUACUUUGCACUCCUUCUUUAGCCUAUUACCCUCUACGCCGGAUCCCAGCGCCUGAUCGAAACUCGGUUGACACGUUGGCUUGGGUUGAAGUCGCGCGCCUCGCGGGCACUCGUCUCUCUUCCUUCUUCAUCCAUCUUCCAUCCUCGAUCUUGCGCUCGUACUCAACCCCUUGAGUCGGGAUCCAGUCCUCCAUACUUCUCAUACCUCUGGAGCAUCAGCAAAAUGGGCACUCGGCGCGCACCGCUUAAAGGCGCUUAA